AUGCAAGACAUAGUAUUAACAGAGCUACACGCCACGCACGAAGGGAUAGUGCGGACGAAGUCAAUGACUAGAUCUUACUUGUGGUUCCCAGGUAUAGAUAAGCGAAUAGAGAUUAUGUGCAAAGCAUGUGCACCAUGCUUGUCCGUAGCAGCACAUCCCCCAAAAACAAACAUUCCAUGGCCUGAAUCUAGCAUUCCAUUUUCAGUAGUACACAUAGAUUUCUUCUCAUUCAAAGCAUGGGAUUAUUUGCUAAUUAUUGACAGCUGUACAAAGUGGACUGAGGUUUACUCAAUGAAAAACAUAACCUCCAAAACUACCGUCGAAAUGCUACGCGAUUGUUUUUCGAGGUUCGGACUACCACGAACAGUAGUAUCAGAUAACGGUCCAACCUUCGUGUCUAAAGAAGUUGAAGUGCUCUUUCAUAGAAACGGCAUCAAGCAUUUGAGAAUCUCACCAUAUAAUCCGCAAAGCAAUGGUCUCGCAGAAAAUGCUGUAAAAACCGUGAAAAACAAAUUAAAGGCCGCACUAGCAGACGAGAAAAAUAAAGACGUGCCAAUGUCUACAUUGUUGGCACGAUUUCUAAUGAUUAACAGAAAUACUCCACAUACGACAACAGGCAUUUCGCCAGCUGAAGCCAUAUUUGGUAGAAAGUUGCACAUCAGAGUGAGCAUGUUAAAAGAGAAGAAACCCUAUUUGACAAACACUGACAAAACACGGGCCGAGCGCGAAGUACGGAAUUACAAGCUCAAUGAUAAAGUAAUCGUUAGAGACUACAGGUCAACAAAUAAAUGGAUGGAAGCUACAAUAGUUAAGAAGAUAGCAAAUGCAACGUAUAUGUGCAAAACUAAUCUCGGAAUGAUUUGGAAAAGACACCCAAAUCAAAUUAAAGGGAGGAUAGAGGCAGUCAGCAAUAAAGCGGAGGAAAACGUCAGUAUCAAAACAAAUGCACCAAUGACCAGUGUCGGUAUUCCAAUAAAGUACCCUAAUCCUUCACCAAUUCCCACCACUCCUGAUAUUCCUCCAGGUAGCUCAGCGUCUCCGGGUCCCUCUGCAGAAUUUGAAAUAGAGCCUGAAAUUUCACACCAUGUUCCAGAUCCAAGUUUGCCAGAUGCACACGUUGAGCCAGCCAGCAAUCCGAGAACAAGUCAUAAUAGACCUAUCAGAAUUGUAAAGCGACCUAACAAAUUUACAGACUUUGUUAUAGACAAGCGUUAG